GAAUACAGGAUACGUUUCUGUGAGAGAUAGACUACACACAUUGUGUUAAUUGUGUGGCUACAGUACCGCUCACAUAGCGUAACACGUUUAAUUUAAAUAGGUAGGUAAUAAAAAUUAAUAAAUUAUAUUCUAAUAUCAUACCGCGUAGCGAAAUCCACAACGGAUUUAAAACGAUUUUUUUUUAACGUCACGUCGCCUGAAUUAUGUUUCGAGUUUUGGCAUUUCUACUCGCUCUGUCGGUGUCAAGUCUACACGGUCUACUGCAGACUAUUAACGGCGAACUAUGCACGGCUGUUUAUACUGUAGGCUAUGGAUAUUCGAAUUGGUACAACGCCACUGAAAUUCCUACGGCGGAUGGCACAGUGAUGUUCAAGUUUUACGUGCAAGCGGCAAGUGACGCUCACGUCAUGUUGGCUAGAGAGCCGUUGUCGUUCGGAUACGAAAUCGUUCUCGGAGGCGGGUCGAACAGUUUUUGCGAUAUACGCAAAUUCAAAGGCGAGUUAACGUCGGUGGCCACCGUUAACACUGAAAAAAUCCUCGACAUGUUAAGCCCCGUCGGUUUUUGGGUACGAGCGUCCCAGCAGUCCGGGCUCAUCGAGGUCGGCAGGUACGGCGAGAGCUUGCCGUUCAUUUUUUGGAUGGACCCGGAGCCUAUACCGGUCAAGUAUUAUAGCUUCAGCUCGUGGGGCACAGUGGUUUGCAAAUGGACGUUCAAAUGUAAACCCGACCCUCUGGCGAGAGUGACGCCGAAGAUUUUAGUGCCGGAUACGAGAGACCGAGUCGAUUAUACGAAGAAGUUUUUGACAUACAUGGAACAACUCAGGAGAGAUGUACUGAAAAAGCGCGGCCUGUUCGGAGGCGACCCGACGACGAACGCGAAGAGAGUGUUAAACGUGGCGCUAACCAGUGACUUCAAGUUCAUACAUCUGGACGUCAUGACUUCGACGCUCACGCUUCGGGGUAUCGCCACUUUUGAAUGGACGGACAACAGUAUCCAUUGGAACCCUCAAGACUAUAAAAAUAUUUCCAGAUUGCAUUUAUCGAAUUACGAACUAUGGCAACCCGAACUCGUACUACACAACGCCAUGGAUCCGGCCACUAGUAUGUUUUCCGAAUCGAAAGUAUCAGUGGACAACAACGGCAAUGUCACAUGGAGACCUAAAUUUGACAUUAGAACCAAAUGCGAUAUCGACUUGACGUCGUGGCCGUGGGACAAGCACAAGUGUACCAUACUGUUGAGCACGUGGUCGCAUAAAGUAUCCAAUGUCUUCUACGAAAUCAAAGAGAACCAAAAGUCCGAAUGUUUUCAAGUCUCUCAUUCGGAUUGGAGACUUGACAGUAUGACGAGCUCGUAUGUCGAAGACAGCACCCCGUGGGACGAUAUCGUGGCAUCCAUCAACAACGUCGAUGGAUCUGCAGAAGACGGUCCCCCUCAAUAUUCACUGCAGCUCGUGGUGGAAAUAUCUAGAAACACGAAGAUUCUCGAGAAAUUGUUUUGCGUCCCGUUAAUACUGAUCAGUUGUGUGUGGCUGUCAUCUUUCGGUAUAAUGCCGAAUUCUUCAUCAAAAAUCUUCACAAUUUGUGUGUCAAUUAUACUUUCAACAAUGAUCAUUGUAUACAUGACGAAGUAUGUGCCGGUUUUCGCUGAAUUUCCACCAGACUUGAUGCUUGGAUACUUGAAACUUAUCCUCUUGAUAUCGAUGGACGCCUUCAUCUCCUCGCUACUCAUAACCGUGCACAGUCGCAAAACGACCAGCAGUCAUCCUCCGUUCGCGUUAACUAGAUUCCUGACCACGCCCAUCGUGACAAGACUUCUAGCGUUGCCGAAAUUGGAUUCCCCCCGGAACCUCGUUUACGACCAGCUGGACAACGGACUCGACUCAGGACACUAGACCACGACCACCCUUUGGGAUAUCGUCAUAGUCGCUUUCGAGAGAAUCAUAUUCAUAAUGUUUUUCGCAAUAACCGUGGCUGUAUUGGGGUCGGUCAAGAUUUCCGUUACGACUCUGUUUUGAUAGAUCUUAACAGUAUUAAUUGUAUAAUAAAAUGGCCGAAUAUAUGAGCGGUAAUAACAGGUUAUCAUGUAGUCACGGCAGUUGCGUAUUUAUGAUUUCUUCGAGGAAGUAGACCGGGAGAGAA